AUGAAAUAUAUGGAACACGAAUUAAAAGAUUUGAUUGAAAGAUCCAAGUAAAUUCUAAUUUUUUAAUCUAAUUCUUUUAACUCUUUAGAUUAUUAUUUCUUUCAUUUGAUAAUUUUUCAUUUUUCAUCAAUAAUGUUUAGUUUGGAGCUUCAUUUUAAUUAAUAAUUUUAAAUUAAUCAUUAAUUUUAAUUAUAAAAUAAAAAAUAAUUACUUGUAGUUAUUAUCUCUGCUGCUGAAAUUAAAUGUCAACUCAGAUAAUUACUCCUUGGAAUAUUGUAAAAAUCUGUUAUGCAUCUGGAUUUGAAUUCUUUGUUGUAUAGCAAUAAAGUAUAACUGAAAGUAUGCAAUUUCGGAAUAGGUAGAUGAUGUUAAAGAAAUAAACCGUGCACUCUCCGAAUUCCUGAGUUGAUAUUCAGUAUUUCCAAAUACAAUGGCAAAAUUGAUAUUUGGUCAGCUACUACUGAAAGAUCAAUUAUUUAAGCGUUAAAAGGAAAUGGAUUAAUUGGAACAUAUAUUCAGAAUCCUAAGUACUUGGCCUGCAUUAAAAGUAUUUAGUAAUAAUUCUAAAGAAAAUAAUUUGGCUGGUCCUUUGAGAACAAUACCUAAAUAUCCAGAAGUAAAGUUACAAGAGAUAUUAUUUCUAAAGAAUUCAACUUUUCGAAUGGGAGUAUGA